AUCAGAAUAAUUAUAUAUUAUCUUAUAAGGACAUUAUAAGAUUAAAGAUAAUCAUAUAAGUAAUUAAAAAAUGAACACAUGCGGGUAUUAAGCGCGUAUUACACAUUAAAUUUGGUCGUACAACUUAACCGACGUCGCUCGCUAUUAAGAGAUUACGUUUACACCAUUUGUCGAAAAAUUGGUCAAUUAAAAACCUUACUCACAAAAAUAUACAGGCAAUGAUGGAGAAUUCAAAUAGGAAAUAUUUUAGUGGUCGCUAUGCACAAACAUCCACACCCCCCAGGUCAAGACCAAAUCCGUAUAGGUCUCAACAGCGCGCUGCUGACAAGAAAAGCGAAACAACCAAGGUAGUCGAUUACGCUUUGCACGCAGCAAGCGGUUGGCCAAUACACGGCAGUCGUGGUUAUUUUAAAGCUGCCGAAAAUUGUGCAAUGGGUGGCUCUUUUGAUGGAUUCUUCAGAGAAGCUGAAAACACUACAGAAAAUCGUUCAAAAUACUUUGGACCAGGCGGUUUAAAUGUAUACGAUGAUGAAGAUAAGUCUGGCAAGCAAAAAAGUGCACCAUCACCAUCACCAUCACCUCAAAUGGGUUGUGGAAAAAAAUUUCGUAAUGCAUCAAACCAAUAUGGCAAUAAGGAGUCGCCACCCAGACAUUACACUGUGAAAAAUUAUUUAGCGAAGCGAUAAAAACAACAAUUUUGUCAACUACUGAAUAAAAAUAAAAAUUAAAAGAAA